AUACUCUAUACGUUCAAAAAUAUUUAGAGGUUUAUGUUGAUGGUGUUUGGUGCUUAGUUAAUUGCAAAUAAUGACAAAGUUGAUUUAAAUUUGUCAGUGAUGCUUUGCGCUAGAUGUUUUUAAAAUUUAAUUCUAUAUAUUAUUCAAAUAUUAUUAAAUUAAUAAUCUACCGAUUCAUAACAAUUUAUAUAAUACGCAUUUAAUAACCUAAUAUCUAAAAUGGCCGAUAAAUUCGUUGAGAAUUCAGAAGAAGAUAAUUCCGUAACAAUGCUAGACGUUCUCCAGGAAGAAAGUCAACUGGAAGAAGAUGCUUAUGCAGUCCUAGGUGCAUCCGAUGAUAGAAAUUGUACUUAUAACAAGAAGUUCGAGAUUACAGGGAUAUAUUAGACAGGCACUAUAUGCCUGCAAAACAUGCUGUUCGCAAAAGAAUAUACGUGCAGGUGUUUGUCUUGCAUGCAGUUUUCAUUGUCACGAAGGACAUGAGCUCGUUGAAUUAUAUACUAAAAGAAAUUUUAGAUGUGAUUGUGGAAAUUCUAAAUUUGGAAAUAAAGAAUGCAAUUUGGAAAAGUCCAAAAGUACAAUAAAUAUUGAAAAUAUGUAUAAUCAAAAUUUUGAUGGUGUUUAUUGUACUUGUGCAAGACCAUAUCCUGAUCUUGAAAAUGAAAAUAAUGAUGAAAUGUUACAAUGUAUAAUAUGUGAAGAUUGGUAUCAUUCUAAGCAUCUUGGGAGCAAAGAUGUACCUGGGGAUGACUCUUAUGAAGAAGUGAUAUGUGCUGGAUGUAUGAAAAAGCAUGACUUUCUUUGGAGAUAUGCUACAAAAUAUUCAACAAUGCAAAAUACUAUAUCUUCUGAUAAUGGAGAAGAAAUAUUGAACGUUGAAAACCUUCCAAAUGGUUGUACAAUGCCAUCAAAAAAUUUAUCAGAUGUAGCAGGUAGUUGUUUUUGGUUAGAAGGAUGGAGAACUUCUCUAUGUAGUUGUGAAUCGUGUAAAAAGAUGUAUAAAGAACAAGAUAUAUUAUUUUUAUUGGAUCUAAAGGAUAGUGUGCAGGCUUAUGAGGAAGCAGGUAAAAUAACUAAGCAUGAAUCACAAUAUGAAAAAGGUAUGAAAGCUUUGGCAUCUUUGGAUCAUGUACAGCAAUUAACUGCGAUUGAAGAAUACAACAAUUUAAAAGAAAGACUAAAGGAGUAUUUACAAAAAUUUGCGGAAAAUAAAAAAGUCGUUCGAGAGGAAGAUAUUAAAGAAUUUUUUUCAGAAAUGGAGUCAAAGAAACGUCCGAAAGUUGUAGUCCCAACGUAUUGUCGUUAAAAUAAAAAUUUUCUCUUGUAAAGAUUAAA